CCUUUCUGGUGCAUUGAUGUUAUCCAUUGAAUGCAAUCCCAGAUCAUCAUCAUUUUUUGCUGGUGAGCCACAGUAGCCACCAACUAUUGCAAUCGGGUAUCAAGGCAAGAUGGAUAACUACCUAGCUUGGUUCCCUUGGUCUCCUCGUUCUCGUGCGUCUGCUUCCAAGAAAUGGGUGUUGCCUGGGGAAGAUCAGCCAAAAAGUGAUCCUGAAGUUUCAGAACAUUCAAACAAUGAUGAUCAUCCAAAUCGGCAGGUCCAACAGCAAGCGCACAGCUCCUCCACCUCCUCCAAAUCUUUACCGGUAGUAUCGUGUCUCAAAACGACAAAGAAGAAACAACAACAAUCGUCUUCUUCUUCCCGACCUCCUCUCCGUUCAUUGGACACCAACACCAACAAUGCGUCUCAUGCUACCCGUUCUCGCCGCUCGGUGACGUUUCAAGACGCCACCACUUGUUACACCAUUCCACCUUGCUAUGCCACUAGUAAUAACAAGGAGCUCUUUUACUACUCGCCUCGUGAAUUGGACGAUAUGCUCGAAGCGCAUUUGGAAUGGAAACGUGACUUGGCCAAACUGCAAAAAGAGACGGAGGCGCGAAAACAACGCAUGCAAAAGGCAACACGCAAGGCACAACGAAAGGAACGAUUACGUGCCAAGAGAGCUUCCAGAAUCAAUGCAUUUGUCAACAAUACCACUACUACUACUAAUAGUGUUAAUGAGGUAUCCCGGGACACGAACAAUCCAAAAACAAGGCGGGCGGAGACCAAGAACACUGCCGGUAACAGUGUGACACGACCACGACGCGGCUUUUCCAAGGCAAGUCAUGGAACGAAGAAGGAGGGCUCGAAGAAAACCCUGAUGGAGUCUUCUCGGAGCAAGACACCAUCCACAACCAGUACCAUCAAGUCCACUCCUCCAAACGACCGAGACGAACAAACUCUACUGAGGGAGCUCUCGGACUGUCUGGAGCAUGCGCUCAAUGACGAAGUCGAACCAGAUCAAGAAAUCUGCAAACCAACAUGUCGGGACGACAAUCAAGUUGGAGAAAAGCCUGUGUCGUCAACUCCAAUGCCGACAGCCACAAAGGAUGCUUCCGCCAAUGUUCCCUCCAAGACGACACCACCACCAGCAGUAGCAUCACCCAAUUUGCAACAACAAUCAGCUUGGAAGAAUCCGAUGGUGACACCACUAUGGAAUUCUUCUUCUCGACAGCCAAAGAAUUCAACCCCCAACAAAACUCGUCCUCCCGUACUCCUGUCGCCCAUUCAAAUGUCCAUCCUCCCCCAUCCCUUCUUCUUUUGCCAUCCAGACUACACUGCUGAGGAGCAAGAAAGCAACAACCAAACAGCAGAAGCAGCCGAGAAUCAAAACUCUGGCAAAGCUAUCUUAUGGAGCCUUCCAAGCACGCCUUCCAGAACAACAUUCUCCAAAGAGGAGGACCACAGUCAAGUCAAACAUCACGGUUGGGACGUUUUUCGGCACGGAGUGCACACCAAAGCGGAUAUGAAACCAGCCAACUUGUGGACAUCAUUUUUCAAUCCAUACGCACCGUGGAGAUGAAAAGAAAGCUACCGUACUACUGACCCAAGCAGCACAAUGGUACAUGCAGGGGCGGAAUAGAACAAAGAGUCACCAAGAAACAGACAGCCACGAGGAAUCUAGUGAGAUGCCGGGAGCUAGUAGGAAUAGCCAGCAUCGCUCGUAGUGUCAAUCUCGGCUUAAUUUGGAAGGGUCUAUACGCCUGGACUCGAGCCUCCGUCCUUGUCACCCAUCUUACUUCCUGAGAAGCAGAAUAGCCACCUUUCAAGCAAAAAGGGAGUCUAACUUUAUGUUGUUGAAUAGAAUGUAAACAGGAAUGAUAGUCAAAGAUAACUCAAGUCGAUGU